UGCCCGCGGUGUCCUGGCAACAUUAGACGGCGACUCGGCAAGUGGCUCAUCUGGCGUCAACUUUGGGUGAAUUUUGCCGGGCGCCAAGCCGAUUCCCCCGCGAGUCAUCUCAGCAAUCUCAGACUCAUCUGUACAAGCACAAAGCAGAUGAAACGUUAAAAGGCUCAUCCGUACAUACCCACGAGCAAUCACCUCGACACCACCCACUCGCUACCAUGCUCGAUUCCAUGCGGCCAAAGGCCAAGCGGCCCGACAACGCCAUCCGCACGAUAGACUCGCCCGACCAAAUAAAGCCCACGGCUUUUGCCAGCGACGAAAGCUUGGAUACUCGUACGAGCGCACAAAAGUACUGGACCGUCGUUGUUUGCGGUAUCGCACUGCUCAGUGAUGGCUAUGUUGCUAGUUCUAUCGGUACUGUGCUUGUCAUUCUCAAGCACCUGUAUCCCGAAGAGUCCAAAGGCUCGCGCGGCUUGCAACUGCUCGGCUCCAUCUCUUUUGUUGGUACAGUGGUUGGUCAAUUGUGCUUUGGCUAUGUGACUGAUCGAGUUGGUCGCAAGAACGGCAUGCUCAUUGCCACAUCUCUCUUGAUCCUCUGGACGGCCAUGUGCGCCGGUGCUUAUGGUCUGAAUGGCUCCAUUCCUGGUCUCUUUGCUGCCAUUACCUGCUAUCGCGCUUUUCUUGGAUUCGCUAUUGGCGCCGAGUAUCCCACUUCUUCCUGUGCUGCUUCCGAGACCUCUGCAGAAACACCGUCCGGCAAGCGUCACUUUAUCUUUGUUCUCGUCACCAACACAGCCAUUGACAUGGGCUUUGUGCUUGGCGCCUUUGUGCCAUAUAUUUUGGUGCUCAUCUUAACGGCGAAUCACUUGCGAGCAGUCUGGCGCAUGACGAUCGGAUUGGGCGUUGUUGUUCCACUCUCGCUCUUUUACUUUCGAGUCAAGAUGCAUGAACCAAAGGCAUUUAAACGAAUGGGUGGCAGGAAUGUCAAGAUCCCAUAUACCCUCAUCUUGAAGCGAUAUUGGCUCAAACUCGCUGCCAUCAGCUUCAUCUGGUUCGUGUACGACUUUGCCUCUUACUCUUUUGGUUUGUACAGUGCCACCAUUACAGAUGCAGUAUUGCCAGCAGGAAGUUCCUAUGCAAAGACCUUCGGAUGGAACACACUUCUCAACGUCUUUUACUUACCAGGCUCGAUUCUUGGUGCAUACGCGUCAGAUAUCAUUGGACCUAAGCGUUGUCUCAUCAUUGGUCUUGUCCUGCAAGCGACCUGUGGUUUCUUCCUUGCAGGCUUCUACGAAAAGAUUCUAGCGAAUGGCAUUGCUGGGUUCAUUGUUUUCUAUGGAAUCUUCCUCUCUCUCGGUGAAUUUGGCGCUGGUAACUCAAUAGGUCUGCUCGCUGCCAAGUCGUCGUCAUCUAUGGCGCGCGGGCAAUAUUACGCAAUCGCAGCGGCUAUUGGUAAAAUCGGCGCGUUUGUCGGCAGCUAUGCCUUCCCGUCUAUUGCAUCUCGCUUCAGCUCUACCAAUGCUGGCUAUAAAGGUGAUUUCUAUGUUGCCUCUGCCAUGGCUAUUUGUGCUGCCAUGGUUGCCUUCUUCUUCGUGUCGGAAUUGAGCCAGGAAUGCAUUCAGCAGGAAGAUUGCGAUUUCGUGGAUUACCUACAAGAUAAUGGCUUUGACAUCUCUCAACUCAGUCGCAGCUCGUCACUUGAAUCACAGGAUGGCAAAGUCAAGGAGUUGAAGGAGUAGAGAGAGUGAUAUUCAGAUCGGAUGACAACGUUUUCUU